CAAGUAGUAUUAAACCAACAUCUGAUAAGCUUAAUUCUAAACAGGAAUAUAUUAAAGAAACUUCAAAUAGAUUCAUUGAAGAUAAUUAUAAUAUAUAUAAAAUUACUUUAGAAAGUUUGUUAGGCUAG